AGCGGUAAACGUGAAGUUCAUUUUUGGUGGAAACCUCCAUAUAUCUAUAGUAUGUAUUGUAUAGUUAAUACAAAAUAGUAUAUGUAAGUAUCUAUACUACUAUACUAGUAUAUUACAGUAUACCUAAUACCUAGGCGAAAUUAAAAAUACCUACUACAUUUCAAUAUUCUGUUCACUGUUGUAAGAUAUAGUUAUACGUUGAGAUUAGUUAAGAAGACUAAAACCAAUAACCACCAUUGUUGAACUUUGAAGUGUGUUCAAAUACUAAAUUAGCACUUAUAAAGUCAUUUAUACGACAAAACAUCAUAUUAUUAUUCUUUCAAUUGCUCGUGAGUACAUGACGAUUUGACGUAACGGCGUAGUGCUGUGUUUGGUAAAUGACGAUUGGCGAAUACUAACUAUAGGUGUUGGCGGUGGUAUAGCGUCGUGUGUCUGGGUGCCGGCAAUCUCGUUGACUCGUUAUAAUGUGUUGUGUACUCGCGUAGUCGCGUUGCGCGUUACUCGUUAUAGUAUUUAUAUUGCAGGGGUAAAUCGGUUCCUCUGUCGACGGCUGAUACGACAUUGCCGUCAAUCGUCAUCUUCACUCGGUCGACCUGGUCUAGUACCUCCACAAUCCGUGCUCUUCCGGUGUUCUGAUCAAUGGUAAAAGUCCUAAACCAACAUGAACCUGUUCAGACUCUGCGGCGACAUGAUACACCUACUCGCGAUCCUAAUGUUACCGGUCGUGAUAUGGAAAACUCAAUCUUGCGCUGGUAUUUCAAGAAAAACUCAAAUACUUUUUGCAAUUGUUUUUACAACAAGAUAUACAGACUUAUUUAUACAUGUUGUGUCUAUGUACAAUAGUUUGAUGAAAAUAGUGUUCCUAACAUUAUCAUACAUAACUUUACACUUGAUGUUUUAUACAUUUAAGUCAACAUACGAUCACAAAAAUGAUCGCUUUAGAAUCGUGUACUUGAUUGUACCAUCACUGGUGCUAUCAUUUGUCUUUGUACAUGUCUAUACUGUGGUAGAGAUUGUAUGGACAUACAGUAUUUAUUUGGAAUCAGUUGCAAUUGUACCACAAUUAUUUAUGGUGCCAAGAACAAGUCAAGAUGAAUCCUUUAUUUCACACUAUUUAUUUGCUCUAGGAUCUUACAAAGCAUUGUAUUUACUAAAUUGGAUUUACCGUUAUUAUGAAGAACAUUAUUUUGAUUCAAUUGCAAUUGUAGCUGGAACUGUGGAAACUGUCAUCACAUAUUUUGGUUAUUUUUCAAUCUUCAUUAGACCAAAAGCUAAUAAUGGACCAAUUCGAGUAGUUGUAACAGAUGCUGCUAGUCAACUUGCUUACUCUUUGAUAUUCAAGAUUGCUAAUGGCGAUGUUUUUGGAACUAAACAACAAGUAAUAUUACAUCUUGUAGACAUACCAUCUGCUAUGGAAAUUCUUGAAGGUGUAUGCAUGGAAAUUGAAGAUCUAGCUUUACCUUUAGUCAAAGAAAUUUACAUUUAUUUAGGUUGUGUGAAAACAACUAAAUUAGAAGAAGCAUUUAAGGAUGUUGAUGCUGCUUUCUUAUUAGACACAAUGCCAGAUAGUGGAAGUAAAGAAAAAAAAGACUUUCUGUCAUCUAAUGUGAAGAUUUUCAAAUUACUAGGUGGCGCUUUAGAUAAAUAUGCAAAGAAAGAUGUUAAAGUUUUAGUGAUUGGAAAUUCAGCCAACACUAAUGCUUUAAUAUGCUCUUUACACGCUCCUUCCAUACCCAAGAAAAACUUUACCGCAAUGACAAGACUUGCUCAAAAUCGAGUCCAGUCUGCUAUUGCUAUAUAUCUUAGACUAAGUGUAAGUAAUAUAAAAAAUGUUACAAUCUGGGGUAAUCAAUCAUCAACUCAAUUUCCAGAUGUUUUUAAUGCAUCAGUACAAUUACGUGACAGCUCAAAAAGUGUAUAUGACACCAUAAAGGAUACACAAUGGCUUGAAAAAGAUUUUAUUAAGAUUAUUCAAAGUAGAGAGGCAGCUGUCAUCCAAGCUAAAAAGAAUUCAUCAGCUAUGUCUGCUGCUAAAGCAGCUGUUGAUCACAUGCAUGAUUGGUGGUUUGGAACUUCGAAUGGAACCUGGGUUUCAAUGGGAGUUAUAUCUGAUGGUUCAUAUGGUGUGCCCAAAGAUUUGAUUUACUCUAUGCCAGUAACUAUUUAUAAAAAACAAUGGAGAAUUGUGCAGGGUUUAAAAAUAACUAAUUUUGCAAAGAAAAAAUUGGAUUUGACUACUGAAGAACUAUUGCAUGAAAAAGAAGAAGCUUUGGAAAUUUGCAAUCUUUGUUGUGUAUAACUUUUGGCUCAAAAAUCUGGAUAGACUGCUAUAGGUAUUCAGACAUAACUUUUAACAACAAAUAUGAUUUUUACCAUUUUCGGAUAAUUUUCUUAUCUCAUAAGCAGUAAUGUAAAUUGUCACCUUGGUUACAAUAAUAUUGGUAUCAAUGUAAACCAUUUAAUUUUAUUAAUUUUGAUGUUUUAAAAAUCAGUUGCUAAAAAUAUGAGAGAAAAUACUAGAGCAAAAAACAAUGAUUGUAAUUUGAUCUACCAAUCAGUAGUGUACUAUUUUUGAUAUUAACAUUCGUAUUU